AUGAAUAACUUUCAAGUGUGGAUUGAGUUUCUCUUGGCUUUGUCACUCUUCAGUUCAUGUGCUCUUGUCCACUCCUCCUACCCCAGUCCAACACCUCCCUCACACAAACCAGGUUGCUACCACCAUACACCUCCUAAUCAUGGGCAUCGUAAACCUCCACCACCGUCGUGGUUGUUGCCACCGCCACCACCACCCGCGGCGUUUUAUUUCUUUUCUCCGCCACCUCCUAGUCCUCCUUAUUCUCAAAAAAGACCCGGGCCUGUGGGCCUGGACCCAAAACAUGUGCCCCCACCAAGGCUUCGGGUACUUUGA